AUGGAAGGUUCAAGGAUAGCUGAGUAUGUGCAGAGAUUCCAUGAUUUGUCUCGUGUUGUCCCCUACAUGGUAGAACCAGAGUUUAAGAGGGUCGAACGUUUCAUCUGGGGAUUGGCACCUCAGAUUCUGAGCAUGGUGACAACAUCAAAGCCACCAACAAUUACCGAAGCUAUUGACUUAAGUGUGGCGCUCACUGAAGAAGCGGUUAGACUAGGAAAAUUUUCAAUCUCUAAAGAGAAGAAGGAGACUCCUGUGGAGCCAUCUGGAGAUAACAAGAGAAAGUUCGCAAACUUCAAGAAGGGUACUCGGGCGAAAAGCAACAACAAUGCCAAAAAGGGAAAAGAAAAUGGAAAGCGUGAUAACUGUGGCAAAGUGGGGCACUGCAAGGAGACGUGUUGGCAUGGGACGGGACGUGGAAAAGGAGGUCAAGGGUGUUAUAAAUGCGGUGACGUGGGGCAGUUUAGGAAAGAUUGCCCAAGGGAGAUUAAACAAGAUCGUGGAAGAAUGUCCAACACCGGAGCUAGGGAAGCACGCUAG